CUUUUCAUUUAUGUUCAUCUUAUUUAUGUAUUUUUCUUUAUUUAUUUUUUUAGGAUUGCCUUUUUCAAUACGAAAGUGAUCGUGCUCAAGAAAGGAAUAAAAUGUUUUGUGAGGUUGUGGAGUUGGAAUUCAGCAAAACAAUCAUCCCAAAGAAAGAUAUUGAGCUUUUCUUUUUCCCGGUAUUUGAAAAGGAUCAUUAUUAUCUGGUAUGUUUUAACACCACCACAGACUGUGGUACAAUUGAGGUUAUUGAUUACAGUGAAGGUCCUAGAGAAAAUAAGAAAUUGCUUAAAAAUCUGAAAAGUGCAUUUUCAUAUUUCAUGAAUGGUGAAGGAAGUAUACAAAGUGUUGUUUUGUCAAAACAAAUCAAGUCUAUGGAGUCUGUUGUGGUUGAUUUACCUUGGAAGUCUUCAGAUGAUUAUCAUUUGCAUUGCGGUGUUGCAAUGAUGAGGCAUAUGGAAACAUAUAUGGGUUUGCAAAAGUGGAAUUCAGGUUUAAAGAAAAAUAAUACAUAAUCAUUGACAAACUUCGUUUGAAGUAUACCCUCUCAAUUAUUUCAAGUGAAGUAAAUACUGUUAAACCUGUUAAACAAGUUGUCCAAAAGAAAAAAAAGGCUGAGGAAGCAAGUGAU